UAGGGACAUGAUUUUGCAGAUAGGGACAUCCCAUUGUUCUAUCAGCAGUAAAUUAACAGAAACCAAGAACAGAAAGAUUGAGGGAACUGAAUAUUAUCAGCUAGCUUAUGAUUGAUUAGUUAUCAGUUCACAUCUCUCUCUCUCUCUCUGCCCCCUCGCCGUAGACGGCGGGGCCACCAAUUUCAGGUGCUUCCGCCACCUAUUCCAGCAUUCUUAAUCGAUUCUACUUGUUGAAAAUCUUCGUUUGAAUGAAUAAAAGAAUGUUCUUGGCUACACAGCUACGCAAAACCCAUGUCCAGUUCUCCCGCAAAUUAUCUUCCAAGCCAACUGAAGAUCUUAAUCUCCAAACUUGCAUCGCUUUACUUCAGUCAUGCGCGCAAAAUCAAGAACUAGGGAAAGGCCGAAAAAUCCACUCGCGGAUGCUCGUUAGUGGUCAUCUUGGUUCUCCUCCUUCCGCUACUAGCCUUAUCAAUAUGUACUCCAAGUGCAACUCCAUUUCUGAUGCUGUAUCUGUUUUUCGUUUGUCAAGCAAUGUUCACAAUGUGUUUGUUUAUAAUUCUCUUAUAGCUGGUUUAACCGUUAAUGGCUUGCCAAAUGAAGCUUUUGAGUUCUACUGUAAAAUGCGGUUGUUUGGUGUAGCUCCUGAUAAGUUUACUUUCCCAUGUGUGAUUAAGGCUUGUUCGAAUAUUGUGGAUUUGAAAAACACUCAUGGGUUGUUGUUUAAACUUGGGCUCGAUUCUGAUUUGUUUAUAGGUAGUGCAUUGUUGCAUUCUUACUUAGAGUUUGAGUUGAUGGGUGAUGCCCUAGAAGUGUUUGAGGGAUUGCCUUCGAAAGAUGAUGUUGUGCUUUGGAAUGCUAUGAUUAAUGGAUAUGUUCAGAUUGGUGGGUUUGAUAAAGCCUUAGUCAUUUUUAGGAGGAUGGCUGACAAUGGGCUCAUUCCUAACAGGUUCACUGUUACUGGGGUAUUAUCAGCUUUAGCAUUGGCUGGAGAGAUUCACGAUGGCAUGCUAGUUCAUGCUUUUGCAAUAAAAAUGGGUUAUGACACAGGGGUUGCAGUUUUGAAUGCACUAAUUGAUAUGUAUGGCAAAUGUCGGCAACUUGCAGAUGCAUUAGUGGUUUUUGAGAACAUGAUAGAUAAGGACAUGUAUUCAUGGAACUCAAUUAUAAGUGUUCACGAACAAUGCGGUGAUCAUGACAGAACACUGGGACUUUUGAAGGUGAUGGUAAGUUCUGGGUUUCAGCCUGAUUUAGUGACUGUUACUGCCGCACUUCCUGCUUGCUCAUCUUUGGCAGCAUUGAUGCUUGGUAGAGAGAUUCAUGGCUAUAUGAUCAUCAAUGGGUUGGACAAGGCAGGUAAUACAUACACUGAUAAUGCAAUUAUGGAUAUGUAUACCAAAUGUGGGAGCAUGAGGGAGGCCCGUUUGGUUUUUGAAAAGAUGAAAAUUAAGGAUGUUGCAUCAUGGAACAUUAUGGUAAUGGGAUAUGGUAUGCAUGGGUUUGGCAAAGAGUCAGUGGAUCUAUUUUCUUGCAUGUGCGAGAGUGGAUUAAAGCCUGAUGAGGUUUCCUUUGUUGGAGUAUUAGCAGCCUGCAGCCAUGCAGGCUUGGUAAGCCAAGGGCGAGAACUUCUUGCAGAAAUGCAGCCACUAUAUGGUGUUACUCCAGCUAUUGAACAUUAUGCAUGUGUGAUCGACUUGCUUGGUCGAGCUGGAAAACUUGAGGAAGCCUUUGAGUUGAUUUCAAAUAUGUCAAUCGAGCCUAAUCAAGUUGUCUGGAGGGCGCUCUUGGCUGCAUGUCGACUCCAUGAGAAUGCUGACCUGGCUGAGAUUGCUGCACAGCGGGUGCUUGAGCUUGAACCAGAGCAUUGUGGAAAUUAUGUUUUGAUGUCUAAUAUUUAUGGAGCAGCUGGAAGAUAUGAGCAGGUGGCAGAGUUGAGACAUACGAUGAGGCAACAAGAUGUAAAGAAGUCACCUGGUUGCAGCUGGAUUGAACUUAGUGAUGGUAUGCAUGCGUUUCUUAAUGGUGAUCGCAGUCAUCCUGAAGAACAUUUCCUCUAUGAUGGCUUAGAUUCACUAACCGCAUGUUUACGGGAGCGUGGAUAUAUGGUAGAUGCCAUGGAGAGUUGUUUCUAAAAUUUCAUGUUGACUGGCUAAUGAAUUUGUAUCCCAUGGAUUCAUAGGCUUGAGAUCCCAAAAUAUGGGUUUCACUUUAUCAUAAAUGAAAUCUCAUGCUGUUAGAACAAAGUAGACGAUAUAUCAACCGACAACAUUAAGAAGGUGUGUUCAUCCCAAUUUACCAUUUCAAGGGAGAAAACAAUCUACUAAUUCGAGGUUCUACCACCUUGAUUGCUGGGUGCAUAUAAAGAGAUAAUAUCAGAGUUGCUCGUGUUGUCUACUUGAGAAAGGUAAGUUGGUAGGAGUAGGACAACUCCCAGUGCUCGUGGAAAAUGUGGAGGACUUUCAUCCUUCCAAGUUAAACCAAGCCUCUGUGGGUUUUGGGCUGGUUUCUGCUGCUAUAGAGUUGUAGCCUGACUGUUCCCACAUGCGAAGAUGACUCCUCCUGGAAAUUGGGUGUCCUGGAAGAGAGAAUCUGCUGAUGAGCCUGAGUUGUAUUCACAUUCAUAUGUAUCGACCAACGUUUCUCAGCACUGAUACAAUGUAACUCUUGACAUCGACCACGAGGUCGUGAUGGUCCGUUACGAUGGAGGCUUCUUUAAUCAUUUGCCUCUCCAUCAGCGUUUAAUCUCUAGAGUCCAGAUAAUGGUGCAAGCCCCCGUGCAUGAGUCACACGAACCUGUAAUAAGGCCUAAUGGCACUUUGAAAAUUUGGCUGAGCACCCAUCUCUUGAUAGGAGACUUAUACAUGUUGCUGUAUGAGUCGAGAAGUAGGAUAUAAUGUGGCCGGAGCUUCUUACCUUUGUGUGUAGUUCUGUUAGGCUAGAACCUCAUCCACAUGUGUCCUGCAAAUGUUUCUCAGGUUUUUUUUUCUUUUUUUCGAGUGUAAAAAUUUGGAUUAUUUUAGAUUGCUGAGACUAACCAUAUGUUGGAACUGCACGGGUGAGCUCUACCAUCUCUGCAGAAGUUCACUAGUUGGUUUAUGAGCUUUUUCCUUAUUCCCUAA